AUGUUUGAAAAUUUGAAAGCAUUUAUUAGACAUGGUAAACAUGCUAACGAUUUUAAGGGUAAAUAUCCAACCAUCAGUAGUCCUAGUGUUGAGACAUCAGGCGGUGAGUAUCGGGAAAUGUUUGACGAGAGUAUGAGAUAUGAAUCACCGGCUACACAUAUGGAUAUAGACGACGAUGUAAUAAGUUCUAAAAGAGCGGCUAAGACGGAAAUUACUGGGACAGACAGAGGUGACAUGGAUGAAAUACAAGAGAUACGGGAAAUCAAGUCGGAUGGUAACAGAGGAGGGAAGACCAAAAACAACAACACGUACGAGGCUGCUACGCAUAUUGUUGAGCAAGAAAAUAGACAGAAGAAAAACAAGGUUGAGUAUCCCAACUUGCAAAAUUAUGAAGUUUUAGAACAGAUGGGAGAAGGUGCGUUCUCCAUUGUGUAUAAGGCUAGACAUUUAGCUUCCAAUAAGUUAGUUGCAAUCAAGAUAUUGAGAAAGUUUCAAAUGGACCAGGCUCAGAAACAAGCUGUUUUAAAGGAAGUGACAAUAAUGCGUCAAUUGAAUCAUCCUAACAUCGUUAGAUUUAUUGAAUUCAUCGACUCUUCGGAUUAUUAUUAUAUAGUGCAAGAGUUGGCAGUUGGGGGAGAAAUUUUUACGGCUAUUGUGAACUAUACCUACUUUUCCGAAGAUUUAGCACGCCAUGCCAUAGUGCAGGUGGCCCACGCUAUUAGAUAUUUGCAUGAGGAAGUUGGAAUAGUCCAUAGAGAUAUAAAGCCAGAAAAUUUGUUGUACAUGCCUAUUGAAUUUAGACCAUCGAUUAACCCGAUAGCAAAAUUAAGAAAGUCGGACGAUCCAAACUCAAAGCGUGACGAAGGGGACUUUGUGCCAGGCGUUGGAGGUGGUGGCAUCGGUGUUGUGAAAAUUGCAGAUUUUGGUUUGUCUAAACAAAUCUGGGAACAUAAUACGAAAACCCCUUGUGGUACUGUUGGUUAUACGGCGCCUGAGAUCGUGAGAGAUGAACGGUACUCGAAAGAGGUUGAUAUGUGGGCUAUUGGAUGUGUCUUGUAUACUUUAUUAUGUGGGUUUCCUCCAUUUUAUGAUGAGAGAAUCGAAACAUUAACCGAGAAAGUUGCUAAGGGCGAAUACACAUUCUUAAGUCCAUGGUGGGAUGAAAUAUCUAUGGAGGCCAAGAACUGUGUUUCCAGGUUAUUAACGGUCGAUCCUCUGAGAAGAUAUAGUAUAGAUGACUUUUUGAACGAUCCAUGGAUCUUGAAAGUGCCAGUUGCUGAUCCUGCUACCACUUCUUCAACAAAGAUUGAAAGUAAUAGUAAUUACAAGUAUGAUCAUCCAAUCCAAGCCAAGAACAACUAUGGUCUUAUGUACGGUAAUGAUGAAAUUUACACACCUGCGGCCGUUGCUUUGAGAGAUGCCUUCGAUAUAUCUACUGCUGUCCAUAGGAUGGGCGAAGAAGCUGCAUUGUCGAAGGGUGUUCCUGACAUUGAUGAUUUAAUGGAGGAGAGUGAAGAAGAAACAAUUGAUAAAGAAGGUCGCGUCUUAAACCAGGAGAAUUACAGUAGACGUGCUCCAAGAUAUACCCAACAGCAACAACAAAAGCAUCAUGUUAAACAACAAUCUAGUCCGUUUGACUUGAAUUUGGGUGGUGCAUCAAUAUUAGAAAGAAGAAAGAAUAAGACGGUAUAUGUGAAAUAA